AUGAACUUCGCUCUAGCUCUACGCAACAGCAAAGUCUGUGAUUGCCGAUGGCAGACGAAGUUUGUAAUGUGUAUACAAUGUAUAUGCUAUUCUUUAUCAUACAUCCCUAACAUGAACUCGUACUUCUGCAUUGUCGGGGGUUAUCUUCUACCACCUUAUUUUCGGUUCUGGACACUUUUCACUUUUUCUUUUUACAACUUUUCUUUCAUACUUCUUUCUUUGGAUCUUCUGACUGUGUUUCUUAUGGACAAGUUACUAUCCGGUUCUUAUAAAUGGCUUGAACUACUUCGGUUUGGUGUACUAGUAAACUUUUCUUCGUCUUUAUCUGUUACUUUAGUUCUUUUCCUAAUUUCUCUCAUCAUGUUUGACAGGAGUGUCCUCUAUUUGUAUCCUGUUUGCGGUCUUGUCGCACUUUUAGGUGGAGUCACCGUACUAAGCCGUCAGAUGAUGCCAGACAAGCUAUUGGUCGAUUUCCCAUUAGGAAAAAUUCGCUAUAAACACAUACCAUUCAUAUCUGCAUUGUUUUUUGGCCUUUUGUUUAGCGUCGGGUUUUGUACCGGCAUAUCCUUUUCGCUAUUUGUGUCUGGGAUAUUUAUUGCGUGGACGUACUUGCGUUUCUUCCAACGACACAGUAAUGGAUUACUUGGAGAUGUCGGUGAUAACUUCACGUUUGCUGGCUUCUUCCCAAACCAUUUAGGCCCACCUGUCUCUGUAAUAUCUAGUGCGGUUUACAACGUCUUGGUUCGACUAAAUAUUUGUAAGCCACCACCUAUAAGGCAUGCAUCAGCUCCUCCUUCAGUGGUUUCAUUUACGGUAGAUAUACUGGACAAUACAUCUCAAUCGGCCAACAGGUACAUCCCAGCUCCGAACUGCGUGAACACUACAAGUAGUCAUUCUACAGCAAAAUAUAUUCCAUCCACCUAUACAGUUCCAAAUUUCUCAGCUGAACAAAUCCGUCUCACACAAACUAAUGGUACGCCACUGCCACCCAUUCCACCUCCCAUUUCCGUUUGA